AUGCUGUCAGUGCUGCAUGACAUCACUAGUAGUCAGAUAAUGCCCGGAAGAGUGAAGGUCCGCAUCCUUGCUGGAAGGAAUCUUCCAGUGAUGGACAGGGCAAAUGAGACAACUGAUGCCUAUGUAGAAGUAAAGCUGGCAUCAACGAUUCACAAAACUGAUGUUUGUCGACGAACUCUUUCCCCACAGUGGAAUUCAGAAUGGUUUAAAUUUGAAGUGGAUGAUUCUGAUCUGCAAGAUGAGCCAUUGCAAAUACGGCUCAUGGAUCAUGACACAUACUCAGCAAAUGAUGCCAUUGGUAAGGUUUAUAUUGACUUAAAUCCAUUGCUGCUCCCCAGCAUAUCCCAAGAUAGUUUCUUAAUGCGGGAUCAUGUUGGACUUUCAUCUGGUGGUUUGAAAAUGGCUGGCUGGAUCCCUGUGUAUGAUACCAUGCAUGGAAUUAGGGGUGAAGUGAACAUUAUUGUGAAAGUUGACCUCUUCUCAGAUUUCAACAAAUAUCGUACAUCUUCUUGUGGUGUGCAGUUUUUCAGUACACCUGGGAUUCCCCAUGGCUUCAAGAUUCAAGCAAUAUGUGGUUUUGUAGAGGAGUUAGUGGUUAAUGAUGAUCCAGAGUAUCAAUGGAUAGACAAGAUUCGCACUCCUCGCUCCUCCAAUGAGACCCAGUAUCCCUUCCUCACAAUGACUCAUUUCCCUCCUGAAUUCAUUCGUCAUCUUGGGGGCAUUGUUUGCGCUCGUUCCAUCAAGCUCUUGGAUCGAAUCCACAAUCCAGAAGAACCAGAGACAAGGGACAGUUGGUGGACAGAAUUACGAAUGGAAAUACGCUCUCAUGCCAAAGCUCUUGGGUGCAAUGGUGUUCUUGGUUAUGAAGAGACUACAUGCAUAUAUGAUGACAUUUGCAUUGUCAGUGCCAUGGGUACUGCUGCUGUAUUGAAUCAUACAUCAGAGGAGAUCCAGGACUAUUUGACAUCCAGAGGAUUUCAUGGAAUAAAAGGAAAGCCAACUGUUUCACUGAGUCACCAGAAGAGCAAGCCAAGUCUGAAUGCAAUCUCCUCUCAUUUGAAUGGUGACCAUAAAGACUUGGAGACUGAUUCUGAUGAAGAUGGGGGACAAUCCAACCUGGAUCUGACUGCUGGAAACAAAGAUGUGUGUAUUCUAGAGGCAGAUGAUAAUGAUACUGAAGACAUAUCUCUUCUCAAGGAUGCAAAAAGGCCUCCUGGAAUUGACCUUGCCAACACAGAUGAUAUUCCUGGAUUGCCUGAGGCAUGUUCUCAGAAGACACCAGAGAGUGUACAGUUGUUCACACAAGUUGUCAGAAGCAGAAUUUCCCCAUCUUUCCAGACCAAGCACUUAAGUGAAAGCUUAGACUAUAUGACAAAAGCACUGUCUUUCAAAUUCCGUAAAAGUCUUCCUUGCCGUCUAACACGUUUGCAUUAUUUGAUUGAUCUCCCGGAGCAAGAUGAAAUUCAGAUUUGUCUGAUGGGAGUGGGGAUUCUUCCAAGGAGUCCAAAAUUUAUUCCUGUGAAUCGACGCUGUUCUGGAGGUCUCAGUCGACAUGGCUCAGACAAGUUUGGCUCUGAUGAUGUUGAUAGAUCUCUCCAAAACAUUGACCAGGUCUCCUUGGUAGAAUCAGAUGAUCUUUCCAAACAGUUUCUUGACCCAGUGUGCAUGGAGAAUUGCAAAGGGCCAAAUUCAGUUUUCUGUCAGACAUUGGAGAAGCAUGGAAUAGAUAUAACUCUUCAAUCUCAUGUUCCUGGUGCUAAAAUCUCUCAGUACCUUGGCUAUCUGAACUUCUUCUUUAUUCGUGAGAGCACCAGCAUUCGAGAGAGUGGGGGAUUGCCAAUGUUUUUACAGAGCUUUAUAUCUGAGGUCAUGGCCAUUCUUCGAGCUCAUGUGGCUGCACUGGGAGGAAAUGCCAUGGUCUCCUACUUUAUGAGUGAAUGUGUCCUUGAACACAACAGCAACAAGAAUCAAGGUUCUCCCGGCAGCAUCCAGUGCUGUGCAUUCACCACCAUUGAACCACCACAUGUCUUGGCAGCUUUCACUGUGGGUCGAAUGGCUGUAGCAGGAUCAUCAGCCCUUGGUCUGGGAAUGCUGUGUUACUAUGGGUUGGGACUUGCAUCAAAGGAAGGUGCAAUUGAUCGUGCAUAUGCGUGGCCCCACUAUGUUAGAGAACGCAUAAAAUCCACAUAUCUUUACUUUGGUGGAGGACUUGUCUUCACUGCUGUGGCUGCUGCUGGUGUUUUGCGAUCACCAGCCUUGAUCAGAAUGAUGAGCCAAAACUCUCUCCUGGCUGUCAUGGGGACUCUUGCAGCCUUGAUUGGUUCUGGGAUGUUGGUACGAUCCAUUCCAUAUAAUGGGAAGGAUCUCCUUUUGAAACAUCUGGCAUGGGCUGUUCAUUGUGGCAUUAUGGGUGCAGUCAUUGCCCCCCUCUGUCUUUUGGGAGGUGCAAUUGUUGUUCGAGCUGCAUGGUAUACAGCUGGAGUAAUUGGUGGGCUAUCAGCAGUAGCAGCCUGUGCUCCAAGUGAUCAGUUUCUCAACAUGGGAGGUCCACUUGCCAUUGCCCUGGCUGUUGUUUUUGCUGCUUCCCUUGGUAGCAUUUUCUUGCCACCAACCACACUUAUUGGGUCUGGACUGUACAGCCUCAGUAUCUAUGGGGGACUGAUCUUAUUCAGUGGUUUUCUUCUGUAUGAUACUCAGCGCAUCAUCCGAAAUGCUGAAGCAAUCCCCUACAACCACACUUAUGACCCUGUGAAUGCGUCCAUCAGUAUCUAUUUGGACACCAUGAACAUCUUCAUUCGGAUUGUCUCUCUCUUGGCUGGUGGGGGUGGCCGAAGAAAGUAAUGGGAAAUCCUGAUGAUAUCUGUGAUGGGAACUUGUGGAUACUCUGAGAGCUAUCAUUCAUCUGACAGCCAGACCUGUGGAUUCAUGUGUAGAGUGAAAUUCAACCAGAAGCACCCCUUAAUUGAGUGUGUUAGAGAGCAUGAUUCCCAUUUCCUAGCUGUAUGAAUUGUCCAUUCUGAGGAGUAUACUAAUAUUCAUGUGGCUGUAUCUGAAAUAAAACCCAAAAGUUCAAUCAACCAACGAA